ACAUCAUGUCCGCCUCUGCCGCUUUGUCCCUCUAUCGGCGGUCCUUGAAGCAGUCCCUGGAUUGGGCUGUUGACCGUCGCGUAUGGCGUGGACAGGCUGUCUAUAUCCGUUCGUUGUUCGAGGCCAACAAGGACGUUCGUGACCCUCGCCAGCAACAGGUUCUGCUACGUGAAACAGAAAAACUAUUGCAAGAAUGGAAACACCCGGAUCCCUAUCGUCCACCGACCGCCCCUGGAGGAAACAAAUGGGAACGAAACCUGCCUGCUCGCAUUCUACCUUAUGCGGCUCCUCCGGCCGCCCACUGA